AAGAAUUAUUUGACAAUAGACAGAUAACGUAACCAUACUUUUUUGUUUAUGCAAUAUUUUGAUAAAAAAUAAAUCAUUGAAUUGAAAAGCAAUGGCACUAUUUAGAUUUCUGUGGUUACGAAGGCUCAUUAGAAGCAAUACAAAUCCCAUUCCCAUGGACAAAGCGGCCACGUGGAAAAAAAGACUCUCCGUAGCAUACAUGCUGCUCUCUUGGAAUGCUUUCGGAUUGGUGGCAUAUUUGUGCUACACAGGCAAAAGCGACUGGGCCAAAUAUUACGGCCUCAAAUCCGAAGAGGAACUGAACAUGUCGCCAGCAUAUCAGUGGGCCAAAACACUAGGGAUCAAAAACCCGAACGUGUACAGGAUCCAAGGAUUUCACAUCCACAAAGUCGAGGAAAAUACGAAGGAAACGGAAGAGCAGACAGUUUGAAAUAAGUUAUUAAACUUAGUAAUCACAUUUCUGAUAUCGAAUUCAGAAGCUAGCACAUAGAAAUUGUAUAUAUAUCGGUUCAUAGUUUUCACAAUGAACGUUAAAAAAAUUGAAAUUUUCUU